AUGCCAGACGUGCUGGAUGUCCUUCUGCUCGGCAUGGACUUCCUGUGCUACGGCGGAGCCACACUGCAGUGGGGGCACCCAGAAGCCGCCUUACAGGCGCUCAUUCCAGCCGCCUCACAGGCGCAUAUACCAAACGCGCAUAGGCGCACACAUCAGCCGCCUCAAAGGCGCACCCAGAAGCCGCCUCACGGGCGCACACCAGCCGCCUCACAGGCACAUAUACCAGCCGCCUCACAGACGUACCCAGAAGCCGCCUCACAGGCGCUCCCAGCAACGCCCUCACAGGCGCACACACCAGCCGCCACACAGGCGAAUCCAGAAGCCGCCUCACGGGCGCAUACACCAUCCGCGGCACAGGCGCACACAUCAGCCGCCUCACAGACGCAUACACCAGCCGCUUCACAGGCGCAUCCACCAGCCGCCUUACAGGCGCCCCAAGAAGCCGCCUUACGGGCGCACACACCAGCCGCCUCACAGGCGCAUACACCAUCCGCCUCACAGACGCAUACACCAGCCGCCUCACAGGCGCAUCCACCAGCCGCCUUACAGGCGCACCCAGAAGCCGCCUCACAGGCGCACCCAGAAGCCGCCUCACAGGCGCACACUCCAGCCGUCUCACAGGCGCAUAUACCAGCCGCCGCACAGGCACACACACCAGCCGCUUCACAGGCGCAUACCGAGCAGCGGCCUCACAGGCGCACACACCAGCCGCCGCACUAG